GAUGGUGACCUUUCGUUGUUUAUAAAUAAUUAUUCACAGUCGUGUGGUUUCGGGAGCCCUGGAUUUUUGCUCAGAUUUUGGAUUUUUUACCUGGAGUUGCAGUAUUUUAUAUUGUUACUUCUUGUGCAGUCCGAGUGAAGGUGCCUUUCCAACAAUUGCUCCCCGGCCGGAGCAAUUUUGACGGGCAAACGCAACGUACACACGCACACGAAAAGGAUCUGUGUGGGUCAAGUUUACAUAAUUAUCCAUGAUCAGACUAGUUUUUGAGAACUUGUGCCUUCAAGUUGUUAAAUCCCUGAAAUUGUGAAACACAAUUGUGAUGUACACAAAGUUCGGUCACAAACAUGAUGACUCAGAAUCUGCUGAUAUGCGGUAAUCAUUAGGCUGCAAUUAUGCACGGACCAUCCGGACACGGACGUCCGUGGUCACAAGCUGAAUGAGGACUUGGCAAGGUUCCAUAUUAGACCAUGGAGGAAUAAAACACUCCCCGGCUCGAGGGAAUGAUCUCGCUGCAACCAGUUGUUGCGUCAGACGGGAUCUUCCCUGUAUUGCAACAAACGCCUUGGAAACAAAACUCGGCCAAAAAUUGAGGACCUUCUCGUGCCGGGGUAUUUUGCAAGAAUUUUUUGGCCGGGAUGCCGUGCGAGGUGCACCAUUUGCAUUAUCAUUUUUCCACAAUGAAAACAUAUCAAAUGUAUAUGGUGCAAAACAAAACCAAAACUUUUUUUCAUGCUUGGGCAGUUUCUCAAAAACAAACACCCCAAACAAAAGAAAAGAAAACUGCCAUUUCAAAAAAUAACGUGAACAAUUAAGACACCACCUUUUGGGGAUUUUUUAAAAUUUUGUUUUUAAUUGUGGCAUCCAUUUCCCCCUAAAGAAUUGAAGUUGAAAAUGCAUGAUUCCGUACUUUAUGAAAGGGAGUAAUCAGUAUCUCGUCCCCCUCAACUUUCAAGGGUUUUCUUCACCUGCGAUUCACCCCAGCCCUACCCAAGUUUUCCUUAUUAAUUGAAUUCACAACUGUGCAGGUUAUGGUUCACCUUGUGUGACCUUGACGUGACACACUAACAUGGAGAUCAAUGUCAGUGCCAACUUCGUAUUUUUGAAGUUGCAGCUGCAGGCCAGUAAAUCUGCCCAAAAUUCCCUGCCCGGACCGAAUCAGUCAAAUUCUGUACUAUGAAGGCAUUUCCUACCACGUGGACUAGAUGACUUAUAAAGGGGAAAGAAGGGUACGUGGGAGACCGCCAGCUGGUAUUUCUGAAAGUAUGACCAUCGGACCAAAUGGUUCUCAUACACAGGCAUGUCUGUGUCCUCGCGACCAACGUUUUAGGGGUGUCUUAUAUGACAGCGGAGAUGGUGGCGGAACGCCUAUAGCUGGAUCUAUUGAAGCCGUCAAAAGAUUGAAAACGUCAGGCCUGAAGGUUCGUUUCUGUACCAAUGAGUCGCAGUGCACCCGCCAGACUCUGGUGGACAAGCUCCGACGGCUGGGCUUUGACAUCAGCCUGGAGGAAGUCUUCUCCCCAGCCCCUGCAGCCUGCCAGCUGGUCCGAGAAAGGGGACUCCACCCAUUCCUGCUAAUCCACCCAGAUGCUGUGUCAGACUUUUCUGAGUUUGACCUCUCACUAACGCCUAACUGCGUUGUGAUUGGAGAUGCUGCCAUGCGUUUCAGCUAUGACAGGUUGAAUGCAGCCUUCCGCAUAUUGAUUGGUCAAGAACACCCUGUGCUGAUCGCCAUGGGGAAAGGGCGUUAUUACAAGGAAACAGAUGGCCUGAUGAUGGAUGUGGGCUGCUUCAUGGCAGCAUUAGAGUAUGCUACAGGCUGCAAGGCAGAGGUUGUCGGCAAGCCUGAUAAAGGCUUCUUCCUGGCUGCCGUGAAUGACAUGGGAAUCAAACCAGAACAUGCCCUCAUGGUUGGCGAUGACAUUGUUAAUGACGUAGGCGGGGCACAGAGUUGUGGCAUCAAGGGCGUUCAAGUCAGGACUGGAAAAUUCAGACCAUCUGAUGAGAAUCACCCUACUGUCAGACCAGACGGGUUCGUAGACAACCUGGCCCAUGCUGUUGAUAUCCUCCUGAAAGCCCAUGCUCAGUGAUGCGAGGCUGGGAUAGCCAUGUCUGUUGACCACACCAAGAUGAAAUUCUCCGAGGCCGAUACACCAGCUCACAAGACGUGCUCUGAAGCCUUGCCUUGCAUUUGGACUGACAAAUUGCAGGUUCUGGAUGCGCUGUUUUGGAUUUUGAAAUUGGUGUGAAAUCAGCAGCAGAAUUGACCUAGUCGGGGUGUGACUUGAAAACAUUUACACUAAUAAUAAACAAGGGAUUUUGCUGUCAGAGGAUGUAAGUAUGCUGGAACAUGCAGUCUAGUGGUAUGAGUUAGUUACACAAGCACCAGUUAACUGCAUAGACAAACCCAUUUGUCAAGCAAAAUGUGGAACAGGUUGAAUUAAGAAUAUAUGAAAUUACUACUUCAAAUUGGAUCUUUCACUCACUUAAUGUACACACAUUUGCAUGGUUAAUCUUAUGUCUAGAAACAGAAUUUGAGAUCUUUAACAAAUGUGCAAAUGUGCCUCUUGCAAUAAACUUUUGAUUAUGAGAAAAAGUAUAUAACACUAGGGACCCAUGAACAUAUACAUGUAAAUUGUUAAAAGGAAAAUUCAAGAUUUCACAAAUGAACGAGUACCAAGUGUCAAAACACAUGUCAAGGGUCUUCAAAUUUACAACGUCAAGAUAUCAGCAUUAACAGUACAAUUUAUGUCCGACACCUACGUGAACCCCAGAAUUACAUAACUAGUCCUAGGAAUUAUGUACACCUAAGACACAGGUUCUAAUUGGGUAAAGCAGGCAUCCCGGUGGUCAAGAUGGGCCAAUUACAGUCCAUAAUCCAUACUGCAUUGGCGGGGAAUUUUAGGCGUUUCUCCAAGUGAGGCCUUUCGUCCCAGUCGAGGCAGGGGAAUGGCAGAGACUGGGUUUUUUGGGGUUUUGUUUUGUAACAAAGUCAAACCAGGAAAAGAUAGACAGGGAGUACCAAACAGGGACAGGUGUUGGAGUUUAGGGGGUUGCAAACAUGCCAGAAACAGCAAAUAAAAUAAUUAUGAAUUGCAGAGGGUUUGUUAGUAAGUCGUGCAUUUCAAACUAAAUUGUAAACAUUUUUUAAUUUAAUUAUUUGUCAAAAUUUGCAGUUGACAAUGUUAGAAGUUUCACAUAUAUUCAUACGAUCUGAUGUUUCAAUCCUAGCUUCUAAUUUCGCCAAGUAAUGUGUUCAAGUUUCAACCAACACAGUUGAAGUUUUAGUGACACAUACAUGAUAUUAAAUUGAACAUUUGGAAGCAUAAAUAUAAAGGUUUGCAGAUAUAUGUCUGACUGAAAUAUACUGAAACACAUGCAAGGUCUGAA